AUGCUCAACAACCCACAAGGUUCACAAAACAGAGCUAAAAAUUCAAAAGCAAUUUUUUUUAACCCUAAUGUUUCUUGUGCUUAUUGUGGAAAAGUAGGUCAUGUCAUGGAUGAUUGCUACAGGCUACAUGGAUUUUCUGAUAAUUUUGAGUUGACAAAUGAAAAGACAUAUGCAGGCAAUAUCAAGGGAAAUGCAGUUCUAUUUGCAGAGGAACCAGAGAACAACAACUAUAUUAAUUUUGAUACUAUCAAUCAACUCAUGAAAAAGGAGCAGUUCAAUCAUUUUAUUCAGAUGGUCAAGCAGAUCAAGGCACCAGAGUCUUCACAAGUAAAUACAGGAUCUGAAAUUAAUGCUAAUGCAGUUGCUGGGCUCUUUAAUGAAGAGAGUUCAAGUUUUUGAUCAAGCUAAGGAAGGUCUUUACUACAACUCAAUCCUAAGGAGUCUAGUUCCAACCAUGAAGUUUCCAUGACAUCUCAGCCAUUUUCUAGCUUUACUAGUCAAGUGUCUUUACCUGUUUCAGUUUCUUUUCCAAUUUAUUCUAAUGUUAGUACCAAUGUAAACCUAUGGCAUGCAAGACUUAGGCAUUUUCCAUAUUCAUCAAUGAAAAAUGUCGGUUUCCUUUCUAUUCCUCUUGAUUUUACUUGUUAUUAUGAUAUUUGUCCUCAAGCUACGCAAACUA